UAUCGACUUUCGUGUUUUUUUUUCAAGUGACAGUCAUUCAAGACGGAGGAUCUAGGGUUACAGUAACACCGAAGAGGAAGGCACAGUAUUGACACGGGAACAAAUCAGAAUUUACAAGUCUUAUGCAGGAAAGUCUUAGUGUAGCUGCUGACCCUUACAAAUUGGUUUCCGUUUGCAUUAAGUUAUGCCCAGACUUGUUUAAAAACCGAUCAAGUGGAAUGCCAGCAAACAUCAUUGUGGAGUUGAUGUCGUUUUUAGGGAAAGGGAAUUACCAGAAGUAUGAGCAUUGCUUGAAUGAGGCAUUGCAAGUUGACAUGUUCCAGGUAGCUGUGAGGCAGAAGAAUGUUGGUCUGAUGAGGCUCUUUGUCAAGGCCUUUCAGUUGGAAAGGAUCAAGAUGCUGCUCCUGCCUCAUAUCCAGGAAAUGGGAUUGCAGGGACAGCUAAAGGAAGUAGCCACCCUGGCAACCCUUCUAAACCUACAGGAUGAGUUUUCCACGGAAGACCUGAUUGUUCCACUUUUUCUACAAGAUCGUCUCUCUCUGGCAGAUGAGUUUCUUCUCACCAGCCCCAGACACCAGAAGGAAAUUUUGUCCUUUAUAGACAGUAUUAUUGGCAAACAAGUAAACAUCAAUGAUCUUCACAAAACUUACAAAAUUAAAGAUCCAAAGAAAGUCAAAUCUAGCAAAAUGCUUUGCAACACAGUGGCUAAGCUUUUAAAAAAAUUUGACUUGGAUGCAUCCAUCUGUCCACACAUGCAGAAACACAGAGCCAGAGGAGCUUUGCGAUACAUUUUUUACAAAUACUACAUUGAGAAAGGCAUUCAGGUUCAAGCAUUUCAGAGUCUAAUAGAUGAUGCUCUGAAGGAGAGCCCACACCUUGGGCCAGACCUAAUGCACCUCUUUGAUGAGUACCAUGAUCCAGAAGCUGCUGCUCCUUAUGUCAGAAAGCUUCAGCUUCACCCAGAUGAUAUUCCAGUUAGAAUAAAGGAAGUAAUUAGUGCAAAGCCUCAUCUCACUGAUGGAAACAUGGAUCCUGCUGCAGACAAACAUUUGGAAGAGGAAGAGUGUUGGGAUGAUGGUAAAUUAGACUUUUAUUCACUUAAUGUACCUUUAGAGGAAGUGGUGAUAGUUACCUCAGUUGAGGAGUUCACAAAAUGUAUGUCAAUUUUAACAGAGAGUCCUGUAAUAGCAAUGGAUAGUGAAUGGAAGCCAACUUUUGGCAUUGGAUCUGCAGAACAAGCAUCACUCCUUCAAAUGGCCACACAGUCCAGGGUUUUCCUUUUGGAUCUAGUGGCUCUCCAACCCUUGCUAGAAGACUCACAUUGGUCUUGCAUUGGCCAGCUUUUUUCUAGUCCAAAAAUCACUAAGAUAGGGUAUGGCAUUAGAGGAGAUUUUAAGAUCCUUGCCAAGCUACAUAGUGAAGUACAAAAAGGAUUUGCAAAUGCCAAAAAUGUAGUUGAUCUUGACCAGAUAAAAGGGAUUUUGGUGGAGGAUUAUCCUGACAUCUUUCCUCACAGUUCUUCAAACUACAAAGGUUUAACAGACCUUGUGUAUCGCUGCUUUGGCUUGCCACUGGAUAAAACGGAUCAGUUCUCCAACUGGGCUGCCAGGCCUCUUACAAAGUCACAGAUCAGAUAUGCUAUGGAUGUUGUGUCUCUGAUAGACAUUCACACCUUCUUUGAUAAAAAGGCACAAGAACUGGGUAUUGAAGACUGGCAUAAGAUCAGACCAAAGGGAAAAGAAAAAGUUAAGAAGGAUCGUCCAGUCAGAAAGCAGAUUCCAAAGACUCAUGAGGAUAUGCAGAUGAAGGUGAUGAAAAAGGAGCCCAUCCUGGCUGGAUUUCAUGUGAUUUGUGACACAAUGGUUCAGGGCUUAGCCAAGAAGCUCAGGUGUUUUGGAAUAGAUGCAGAAGCACUGGAGACAGGAGAGAGCUGUGACAAAUGCAUAGAAUAUUACGAAAAAGAGAAGAGGGUUGUGCUGACCAAAGGAAGUGCAUAUGAGAGGUUGGCUAAAUUCAUCCCAUCAAGCUUCAUAUACAAGGUUCAGAAAGAAUCAGCAAAUCAGCAGGUUGAGGAGAUAAUUAAUGUCUUUAAUGUAAAAGUAACUACCAAAGACAUAUUUGCAAGAUGCCCUAAGUGUAACUCUGCCUCAUACCUGUUCGUACCCUCGUGGAUCAUCCGAGCUCUGAAGGAGAAUGUCAAGGAGAAUGACGAUGUUGACAUGACAGAUGGUGUCCCUGACAAAUGGGUCCAGUGCGAAGGGGGAGAGGUGAACCUAUCAACAGGAAACACAAGGAAGGGUGUUCCUAUUUUAGUUGCCCGUAUUGCAGAUGAUAUCAUCUCCAGGACAGAGACAUUCUAUGUAUGCGCCCAGUGUGGCAGGUGCUACUGGGAUGGCUCCCACUAUGAGAAGAUAAUCAAUGGCAGGCUGAGCGACGUUGUGCAGGGAGGUAGCACUGAUUGUGAAGAAUUAAAUGAAGGUUAGAGUCAAAAAACUUGCAAGAGAAGUUUGGCUUGUUCUUUAGAGAAAGAUGCUUCCUCUUGUUAUAUUUUGGAAAGUUGGUUAUAUCCAUUGGAAGAACUUGAAUUGUGAUAGAGGAUUAGAUGGGUUAAUAUCUCUUAUUUGGAAAAAGGGUGAUAUUUUUUCAUGGAAUGAGCUGCAAUUGAAUUCCAGAAAAAAAAUGCAAGAAGCUUUGAUGAAACCAUAUCAGGUGAUUGACUGAAUCUGAUAUUAUGUCAGAUACAGAAUCAGCAGAUAUGUCAUUAGCCUUAAUUUUUUUUUUUAUUAGAUUUACUUAUGAAACAUGACAGAUAUAACAGAAACAAAUGAAGCAUAUGAUUUGUGCCUGAAUUAGAGAUGGAUUGCAUUUGCUGACAUCAUUAGGGUAUCUCGUGUUUCUCCCCAGAUUCCAAAUUGUUAAUGAGGCGAUGACAAUUUAUGCACAACAGAUGCUCUCAAAGCUGCACUUUAUAUUUGGUUCAUUUGUUGAUUGGAUUUAUCAAGGAAAACCAAAGAGUAAGUUUUGUCAAAAAAAAAAAAAAAAGUAUUUUUGUCCCAGGUCUGAUGACAUUUUUAUUUCUUUAAUCCUUUGCUUUUAUCUGCCUGGUGGAAAACGAAUAAUGAUGGGAUGAAAUUGCUUUUACUCUUUAUUAAAGAAUAAGUAAAUAAACAAAACGAAUAGAUAUUUAUGAAUAUAUUUUUGUACCAUUUCAUGCAGAGUACUUAUUUCUUGCUGAAAGCAAUUAACUAUAUCUUCAUCAAUAACUUUGUUUUCAAACAGAUAGAUAUAAUUUUAUUUCUUCUGAUACAUAACCUUAUAUAGUAUAGUGCAACAUGAAGAUAAUUUCACA